UUCUUUGGGUCAACAAAUUAUUCCUCAACUAAAUUAAAAUUUUGGGCAACAAUUUGUUGACACUUAAGCUGUCAUCUUGCAAUCCAUGUUCUGAUCAUAAAUCUUGGAAUUAUGAUUUUGUUGUACCUUAAUCUGUUUGCCUAAUCUUCCUCUUCUUUUUUGAAGACAGACUGACAUGACAUGACAUCUGGAGGAGUGGAAAGAUGGUUUUAAGAUUUAUGUAAGAUGGUUAAGAGCCAGCAGCGACUGACUGAUGCACUUGAGAGUGAGAGGAGACGGUGCGCGGCUGCACAAUCUAAACCCCUAAAUCCAGCGAGGCCAAAUCGAAAAGGACGUCCUCUCUCUGACGUGCAGCACGAGCAGGGGGUCGCGCAGGGGGCGCUACUUUAAAAAGCCCCUUCUGAAGAUGCUCCAUAAGCACAGGGCAGGACGGAUGUAUCGGGUGUUCUCCAUCAUCCCCCAGGCUGUAAUUUGAAAUCUACAACUUUAUCAAACACGAUAAAACCCCCGCACAUUCAUUUGGACAGAAGUUGUUGUGAUUUUUUGAUUUUUUUUUACCAUCUUUUUAUUCUUUCUUUUUUCUUUUUUUUUUUACUUCAACGACAAAUGUGGCUUCUUGGAUCAACCUCCCAAGUCAUGAUGAUGGAUGAGCGCCUGUCUGCUUCCGCAGGUUCGCUCCAGAGUCACGGGAACAACCCGUCCACGGUCCACAGCAUCGAGGCUAUACUGGGAGUUAAAGAGGACACCAUCUUCCACAAGUCAGCCUCAGCCUACAGCAUGAGCGGAAAAGUUCUGCAGCUCAAAGAUGCGGAGCGCAACGGGAACGUGAUCACGGCUUCAGUGAAGAAAAGUCUGUACUCGGACAGUUUUGACAGUGAGUGUUGUGCCGGCGGCGCCGCUGACGCGUCAGUGUGCCCGGACUCGCCGGACAGAGACGACGGCAAACUGUCCGACGACGAAAACCCCAAAAAGAAACACCGACGGAACCGAACCACGUUUACCACCUUCCAACUGCACGAGCUGGAAAGAGCGUUCGAGAAGUCCCACUAUCCGGACGUGUACAGCAGGGAGGAGCUGGCGAUGAAAGUCAAUCUACCGGAGGUCCGAGUGCAGGUGUGGUUCCAAAACCGACGGGCCAAGUGGCGUCGGCAGGAGAAGCUGGAGGUGAGUUCCAUCAAGCUCCAGGACACCUCAUCCUCUCUGCUCUCGUUGAGCCGCUCUCCCACUAGCACGCUGAGCUCUGGUCUGCAGUUGGACCCCUGGCUCUCCACUCCCAUCACCAGCUCCACUUCCCUGCAGUCCCUCCCGGGAUUCAUCAGCAGCUCUCAGGGUCUCCCGGGAGCCUACACCCCUUCCCCUCCGUCCUCCAUGCCCUCAUUGCCAGCCUCCUUUCUCAGCUGCCCAGCUCUGGGACAGAGUCCUCACCUGCCCCACAUCAGCUCUAUGUGCCCCACACCGCCUGCAUACCAGUGCUCUGCUGAUCCAAGGAACUCUAGUAUUGCCUCACUGAGGAUGAAGGCGAAGGAGCACAUCCAGUCUAUUGGGAAGACGUGGUGAUGCUGCGGACGUCAGAAAUGGACAUUACUGCUUCUUUUGGAAAACUGACUUCCUCUUCCUGAUGACAGGGUUUUUAUGAAAAGUGAGGAGCACAGUUUCCAUCUAGGAUUACAGACAUUGUUGACCCUCUGAAAAGUUUUGACACAUAAUGAAGUUACUGUACAACUUACAAUUCCUAAUGUGUUUUUCCUUCUCCUUUAUCUUCUCUGCAACCGACACCACUGUUAACCUUUUGUGUUUAUUCAGACCAGCUUUGUUCUCACCUGCUGUUUAGUUGCCAAUAUAUGACAAAUACAGAAUUACAGAUUCCA